AUGAACGACUCUCUGAACAUCGCAGCGGAGGUGAGCAAGGGAGACAAGCGGCGCCCGGAAGUUAAGCUGUACGGCAGGAGCAGGAUCCGAGUGCUUCUGCCGUUCAUGAUGCCCGGCUUCCGUCACCGUCACCGCCCGUCCAAGAUGCACAGCAAGGGGGAGCGGUGCUUCUAUCUGAACUCAGGCCAGGAUCAUUCCUCUACGACGCACAAGAUCAUCACGCCGGCUGGGGUGCCCACCUACUCCGAACACUGCACCUUCGGCUUCAGCAGCCAGGGCUUUCGAGGAGAUGGGCGUUCUUGGGGGUCGGAAGGGGGAAUGGCCGGAGUCCCCGCGGUGGCGGCCGGAGCGGCAGCAUCGGCGGCAGCUCCAGCGGCGACGGCGGCGACCUCCGGUGGCAGUGUUCCCCCCGCGGCGGCGGCGGGGGGGAUGGCCGGAGGCCCCGCGGUGGCGGCCGGAGCGGCAGCAUCGGCGGCAGCUCCAGCGGCGACGGCGGCGACCUCCGGUGGCAGUGUUCCCCCCGCGGCGGCGGCGGGGGGAAUGGCUGGAGGCCCUGCGGUGGCGGCCGGAGCGGCAGCAUCGGCGGCAGCUCCAGUGGCGACGGCGGCGACCUCCGGUGGCAGUGUUCCCCCCGCGGCGGCGGCGGGGGG